AUGGCGACACGGAGCAGCAGGAGGGAGUCGCGGCUCCGCCUGCCCGCGCCGGGCGCUGCGGGCAGCGGGGGCCGCGCGCCCACACUGGCCGGCGGCCACGCGCCCCGGCCCCAGGACCGCGGCUUCCGCGUGCUGCGUGGAGACCCGCGCGGGGACAGUCGCGCCGCGCCGCUGCGGAGCCGCCGGAGCGCUGCCCUGCCGCCGCAGCCCAUCCAGGUGUACGGACAGGUGAGCCUGAAUGACUCCCACAACCAGAUGGUGGUCCACUGGGCCGGGGAGAAGAGCAACGUCAUCGUGGCCUUGGCCCGGGACAGUCUGGCCUUGGCGCGGCCCAAGAGCAGCGACGUGUACGUGUCGUAUGACUACGGAAGGUCCUUCGGGAAGAUCUCGGAGAAGCUGAACUUUGGUCCAGGCAACAGCAGCGAGGCCGUCAUUGCCCAGUUCUACCACAGCCCCGCGGACAACCGGCGUUACAUCUUUGCCGACGCGUAUGCGCAGUACCUCUGGGUGACGUUUGACUUCUGCCGCACCAUCCAAGGCUUCUCCAUCCCCUUCCGGGCCGCCGACCUGCUGCUACACAGCAAAGCCUCCAACCUGCUCCUGGGCUACGACAGGUCCCACCCCAACAAGCAGCUCUGGAAGUCGGAUGACUUCGGCCAGACAUGGGUCAUGAUCCAGGAGCACGUCAAGUCUUUCUCUUGGGGCAUUGAUCCCUAUGACAAGCCCAACACCAUCUACAUUGAACGGCAUGAGCCCUCGGGCUACUCCACCGUGUUCCGGAGCUCCGACUUCUUCCAGUCCCGCGAGAACCUGGAGGUGGUCCUGGAGGAAGUGAGAGACUUCCAGAUCCGUGACAAGUACCUGUUCGCCACCACAGCCGUGAACCUUCUGGGCAGCGAGCAGCAGUCUUCUGUCCAGCUCUGGGUCUCCUUUGGCCGGAAGCCCAUGCGGGCGGCCCAGUUUGUCACCAGACAUCCUAUUACUGAGUAUUACAUCGCCGACGCAUCGGAGGACCAAGUGUUCGUGUGCGUCAGCCACAGCAACAACCGCACCAACCUGUACAUCUCCGAGGCCGAGGGGCUGCGCUUCUCCCUGUCCCUGGAGAACGUGCUCUACUACAGCCCCGGCGGGGCAGGGAGCGACACCCUGGUCAGGUACUUCGCCAACGAGCCGUUUGCCGACUUCCACCGGGUGGAGGGGCUGCAGGGGGUCUACAUCGCCACCCUCAUCAACGGCUCCAUGAACGAGGAGAACAUGAGGUCCGUCAUCACCUUCGACAAAGGGGGCACCUGGGAGUUCCUGCGGGCUCCGGCCUUCACGGGCUACGGGGAGAAGAUCGACUGUGAGCUCGCCCAAGGCUGCUCCCUGCACCUGGCCCAGCGUCUCAGCCAGCUGCUGAACCUGCAGCUCCGCAGGAUGCCCAUCCUGUCCAAGGAGUCCGCGCCCGGCCUCAUCAUCGCCACCGGUUCAGUGGGGAAGAGCCUGGCCAGCAAGACCAACGUGUACAUCUCCAGCAGCGCCGGUGCCCGGUGGCAAGAGGCACUCCCUGGGCCCCACUACUACACUUGGGGCGACCACGGCGGCAUCAUCAUGGCCAUUGCGCAGGGCACAGAGACCAACGAGCUGAAGUACAGCACCAACGAGGGCGAGACCUGGAAGACCUCGGUGUUCUCCGAGCAGCCGGUGUUCGUGUACGGGCUGCUCACGGAGCCCGGGGAGAAGAGCGCCGUCUUCACAGUCUUCGGCUCCAACAAGGAGAACGCCCACAGCUGGCUCAUCCUCCAGAUCAACGCCACGGACGCUUUGGGGGUCCCCUGCACCGAGAACGACUACAAGCUGUGGUCCCCCUCCGAUGAGCGGGGCAACGAGUGUUUGCUGGGGCACAAGACGGUCUUCAAGCGCCGCACCCCACACGCCACGUGCUUCAACGGCGAAGACUUUGAUCGGCCCGUGGUGGUGGCCAACUGCUCCUGCACCCGUGAGGACUAUGAGUGUGACUUCGGCUUUAAGAUGAGCGGAGACUUGUCCCUGGAGGUCUGUGUUCCAGACCCUGAGUUCUCCGCGAAGGCCUCGUCCCCACCCGUGCCUUGCCCCGUGGGCUCCACCUACAAGAGGACCAGAGGGUACCGGAAGAUCUCUGGGGACACCUGCAGUGGAGGAGAUGUGGAAGCACGCCUGGAGGGCGAGGUGGUCCCGUGCCCCCUGGCAGAGGAGAACGAGUUCAUCCUGUACGCCACGCGCAAGUCCAUCCACCGCUACGACCUGGCCUCGGGCGCCACAGAGCAGCUGCCGCUGACUGGGCUGCGGGCCGCCGUGGCCCUGGACUUCGACUACGAGCGCAACUGCCUGUACUGGUCUGACUUGGCCCUGGACCUCAUCCAGCGCCUGUGCUUGAAUGGGAGCUCAGGACAGGAAGUUAUCAUCAGCUCCGGCCUGGAGACCGUUGAGGCACUGGCCUUGGACCCUCUCAGCCAGCUGCUGUACUGGGUGGACGCGGGCUUUAAGAAGAUCGAGGUGGCCAAUCCGGAUGGUGACUUCCGGCUCACGCUGCUCAAUGCCUCCGUGCUCGACCGGCCCCGGGCGCUUGUGCUGCUGCCGGGCGAGGGAAUCAUGUUCUGGACCGACUGGGGCGAUGUGAGGCCGGGCAUCUACCGCAGCCACAUGGACGGCUCCGGCGUGUUCCGGCUGGUGUCUGAGGAUGUCAAGUGGCCCAACGGCAUCACAGUGGACGACCAGUGGGUCUACUGGACUGACGCCUACCUGGACUGCAUCGAGCGGGUGGCUUUCAGCGGCCAGCAGCGCUCCGUCAUCCUGGACAAUCUCCCGCACCCUUACGCCAUUGCCGUCUUCAAGAACGAAAUCUACUGGGACGACUGGUCCCAGCUCAGCAUCUUCCGUGCCUCCAAGUACAGCGGGUCAGAGACGGCAGUGCUGGCUGGGCAGCUCACGGGGCUCAUGGACAUGAAGAUCUUCUACAAGGGCAAGACCCGCGGGAGCAAUGCCUGUGUGUCCAGGCCCUGUAGCCUGCUGUGCCUGCCCAAGGCCAACCAGAGCUGGAGCUGCAGGUGCCCGGAUGGGGUGUCUGGCCGCGUCCUCCCGUCGGGGGAGCUGCUGUGUGACUGCCCACGGGGCUACCAGCUGAGCAACAACACCUGCGUCAAGGAAGACGAUGCGUGUCUGCGGAACCAGUACCGCUGUGGCAAUGGGAAGUGCAUCAACGCCAUCUGGCAGUGCGACUCCGACAAUGACUGCGGGGACAUGAGUGACGAGAGGAACUGCCCCACUACCGUGUGCGACCUGGACACCCAGUUCCGCUGCCGAGACUCGGGCACGUGCAUCCCGCUCUCCUACAAGUGCGACCUGGAGGACGACUGUGGGGACAACAGUGAUGAGAGCCGCUGUGAGGUGCACCAGUGCCGCAGUGACGAGUUCAACUGCAGCUCGGGGAUGUGCAUCCGCGCGUCCUGGGUGUGUGACGGCGACAAUGACUGCAGGGACUGGUCGGACGAAGCCUUGUGCACUGCCAUCUCUCACACCUGUGAGGCCUCCAACUUCCAGUGCCGCAAUGGCCACUGCAUCCCCCAGCGAUGGGCGUGUGACGGGGACAUGGACUGCCAGGACGGCUCUGACGAGGACCCCGUCAACUGUGAGAAGAAAUGCAACGGCUUCCGCUGCCCCAACGGCACGUGCAUCCCGUCCAGCAAGCACUGCGACGGCCUCCGGGACUGCUCCGACGGCUCCGACGAGCAGCACUGCGAGCCGCUGUGCACACGCUUCAUGGACUUCGUGUGCAAGAACCGCCAGCAAUGCCUCUUCCACUCCAUGGUGUGCGACGGCGUCGUGCAGUGCCGGGACGGCUCGGACGAGGACCCGGUGUUUGCUGGCUGCUCCCAGGACCCCGAGUUCCACAAGGUGUGCGACGUGCUCAGCUUCCAGUGCCAGAACGGCGUGUGCGUCAGCCUCAUCUGGAAGUGUGACGGCAUGGACGACUGCGGGGACUACUCAGAUGAGGCCAACUGCGAAAACCCCACGGACGCGCCCAACUGCUCCCACUAUUCCCAGUUCCGGUGUGCAAAUGGCCGCUGUGUGCCCAGCAGGUGGAAGUGUGACCUCGAGAAUGACUGCGGAGACUGGUCGGAUGAGGCUGACUGUGGGGAGUCCCACCUCCCCGUGCCCACCCACGGGCCCUCCACCUGUCCACCCAACUACUUCCGCUGCAGCCUCGGCUCGUGCGUGAUGGACAGCUGGGUGUGUGACGGCUACCAGGAUUGCGCUGACGGCUCGGAUGAGGAAGCCUGCCCCCUGCCGGCAAACGCCACGGCGGCCUCCACCCCCUCCCGGCCGGGGCGAUGCGACCGGUUCGAAUUCGAGUGCCGGCAACCCCGGAAGUGUAUCCCCAACUGGAAGCGCUGUGAUGGCCACCGGGACUGCGCGGACGGCCAGGACGAGGCCAACUGCCCCACUCGCAGCAGCCUGGCCUGCAGGAGCUGGGAGUUCCAGUGUGCCGACGGCGAGGCCUGCGUGGCGCUGUCCGAGCGCUGUGACGGCUUCCUGGACUGCUCCGACGAGAGUGACGAGCGGGCGUGCAGCGAGGAGCUGACGGUCUACAAGGUCCAGAACCUGCAGUGGACAACGGACUUCUCUGGGGAUGUGACACUGACGUGGACACGGCCCAAGAAGAUGCCAGCAUCCACGUGUGUGUAUGACGUCUACUACAGGACGGUGGGCGAGAGCAUCUGGAAGGUCCUGGAGACCCACAGCAACAAGACCAGCACGGUGCUGCAUGUGCUGAAGCCUGAUACCACGUACCAGGCCAAGGUGCAGGUGCAGUGCUUGAGCAAGGCCCACAACACCAACGACUUCGUGACGCUGCGGACGCCCGAAGGAUUGCCGGACGCCCCCCGAGAUCUCCAGCUGUCUCUGCACAGGGAGGAGGAAGGUGUGAUCCUCGGCCACUGGAUGCCCCCCACCCACAGCCAUGGCCUCAUCCGAGAGUACAUCGUGGAGCACAGCAGGAGCGGCUCCAAGGUGUGGGCGUCCCAGCGCGCUGCCAGCAACUUCACCGAGAUCCGGGACCUGCUGGUGAACACUCAGUACACCGUCCGGGUGGCCGCAGUGACCAGCCGUGGGAUAGGGAACUGGAGUGACUCGAAAUCCAUCACCACCACGAAAGGAAAAGUGAUCCCCCCACCCCAGAUUCACAUUGAUGGCUACAGUGAGAAUUCACUCAGCUUCACCCUGACCAUGGCUGGGACCGUCAAGGUCACUGGCUACGUGGUCAACCUGUUCUGGGCUUUUGACAGCCACAAGCAAGAGAAGAGAACCUUGAACUUCCGGGGCAGCUCACUGUCCCACAAGGUGGGCAACCUGACCGCCCAGACGGCCUAUGAGAUUUCCGCCUGGGCCAAGACAGAGCUGGGUGACAGCCCGCUGGCCUUCGAACACGUCACCACCAAAGGCGUCCGCCCGCCGGCCCCGAGCCUCAAGGCCAAGGCCACCAACCAGACCGCUGUGGAAUGCACCUGGACGGGCCCCAGGAACGUGGUUUAUGGGGUUUUCUAUGCUACGUCCUUCCUCGACCUGUACCGGAACCCGCGCAGCCUGACCACGACCCUCCACAACAGCACCGUGAUCGUCAGCCCCGACGAGCAGUACCUGUUCCUGGUCCGGGUGGUGGCGCCCUACCAGGGCCCGUCCUCCGACUGCGUGGUGGUUCGGAUGAUUCCCGACAGCCGGCUGCCACCCCGGCGCCUGCAUGUGGUGCGCACGGGCAAGACGUCCGCCGUGGUCAAGUGGGAACCCCCGUACGACGCCCCCGAGCAAGACUUGCUCUACGUCAUCACCGUGAAGGACCUGGUGCGGAGGAGCGACCGCAGCUACAAAGUGACGUCCCGCAACAGCACCGUGGAGUUCGCGCUCAGCAGGCUGGAGCCGGGCGGCAAGUACCACGUCAUCGUGCAGCUGGGCAACAUGAGCAAAGAGGCCGCCCUCAAGCUGACCACGGUUUCGUUAUCAGCACCGGAUGCCUUAAAGAUCUUAACGGAAAACGACCACGUCCUUUUGUUUUGGAAAAGUCUCGCGCUGAAGGAGAAACAUUUUAAUGAAAGCCGGGGCUAUGAGAUCCACAUGUUCGACAGUGCCAUGAACAUCAGCGCUUACCUGGGGAACACGACGGACAACUUCUUCAAGAUCUCCAACCUGAAACUGGGUCACAAUUACACCUUCACCGUCCAAGCGAGGUGUCUCGUCGGGAGCCAGAUUUGCGGGGAGCCCGCCGUCUUGCUGUACGACGAGUUGGGCUCCGCGGCCGAUACGUCGGAGGUGCAGGUGCCCAGGUCUCCUGACGUGGCAGCCGUGGUGGUGCCCAUCUUGUUCCUGAUCCUGCUGAGCCUGGGGGUCGGCUUUGCCGUCCUCUACGCCAAACACCGCCGGCUACAGAGCAGCUUUACCGCCUUUGCCAACAGCCACUACAGCUCCCGGCUGGGCUCGGCCAUCUUCUCCUCGGGGGAUGACCUGGGGGAGGAUGAUGAAGACGCUCCCAUGAUCACUGGAUUCUCAGAUGACGUCCCCAUGGUGAUCGCCUGAAAGCGCUUUCCUCACUUAGAAACCAAAUGGUGUAAAUAUUUUAUUUGAUAAAGAUAGUCGAUGGUUUAUUUUAAAAGAUGCACUUUGAGUUGCAAUAUGUUAUUUUUAUAUGGGCCAGGAAAAAAAAACAAAAGCAAAAAAAAAAAGAA